AUGAACCCAAUUCAAUGUAUGAAUCAUUGGAAAUAUUCAUUAAAAGCAUUUGAAAAUUGGAAAAAUCUAGAUAUAACUGAAUUUGAAACACAGCCUCAACUUAAACUAGAUAGAAUAUUUAUAGAUAUUUAA